CGAGUGACGCAAGCCGGGCGGCCGCGACGGGGCUGGGCCUGCGGCUACCGGAGGAGGCUGACCUCCAGCCCGGGCGCCGGGUUCAGCGACGCCCGGGCCGGCGCCGGUGCCUGCCAGGCACUCAGGGAGGCGGGGGCGCAGCGGAGGAGGCGGCGCCAUCGCGAAGCCAGCGCCUCGCCAGCACUCAGCCUUGCCACCCGCCCGCAGUCCGGGCUGGACUGGGCGGCAUUUGCCGAGGCUCCUCGGCCAGGCCCUGUCCGCCUGAGCUGCGCUGAGACCUGGGCAGCGGCCGCGUGGAGAGGAGGUGGCAGCUGCCCGGGAGGCCGGAGCCAGGCCAGCGACCCGCCAUGGAGACCCGCUACAACCUGAAGAGUCCAGCUGUUAAACGUUUAAUGAAAGAAGCGGCAGAAUUGAAAGAUCCAACAGAUCAUUACCAUGCGCAACCUUUAGAGGAUAACCUUUUUGAAUGGCACUUCACGGUUAGAGGGCCUCCAGACUCCGAUUUUGAUGGAGGAGUUUAUCAUGGGCGGAUAGUACUUCCACCAGAGUAUCCCAUGAAACCACCAAGCAUUAUUCUCCUAACGGCUAAUGGACGAUUUGAAGUGGGCAAGAAAAUCUGUUUGAGCAUCUCAGGACAUCAUCCUGAAACUUGGCAGCCUUCGUGGAGUAUAAGGACAGCAUUAUUAGCCAUCAUUGGGUUUAUGCCAACAAAAGGAGAGGGAGCCAUAGGUUCUCUAGAUUACACUCCUGAGGAAAGAAGAGCACUUGCCAAAAAAUCACAAGAUUUCUGUUGUGAGGGAUGUGGCUCUGCCAUGAAGGAUGUCCUGUUGCCUUUAAAAUCUGGAAGUGAUUUGAGCCAAGCUGACCAAGAAGCCAAAGAACUGGCUAGGCAAAUCAGUUUUAAGUAUGGAGUCCAGAAUUCCUCGGCAGCAUCCUUUCAUCAACCUACCCACCCUGUAGCUAAGAAUACCUCCAUGAGCCCUCGACAGCGCCGGGCCCAGCAGCAGAAUCAGAGAAGGUCUUCUACUUCACCAGAUGGAAUCCAGGGCCGCCAGCCAAGAGACACCCAUACUGAUCAUGGCGGAUCAGCUGUACUGAUUGUCAUCCUGACUUUGGCAUUGGCAGCUCUUAUAUUCCGACGAAUAUAUCUGGCCAAUGAAUACAUAUUUGACUUUGAAUUAUAAUAUUGUUUUGUGACUUAAGAGCUGUGACUCAACUGCUUCAUUAAACAUUCUGCAUUGGGUAUAAUCUAAGAAUUGUUUACAAAAAAGUUAUUUUGUAUUUACCCUUCAUUCCUUUUUUGAUCCUUAUAAGUUUAGUAUAAAUAUAUCUAGACAUUCAUACUAUGUCUAGCAGUUAUGUCCUGCUUAAAGGGACCGGAAGUCAAAGUUCCUUGUUUCAUUAGUUGAUCUGCUUUGCAGGGAAAUAACUUGUUUUUUCUCAUGCUUCACCUUCUUUUUAUGUACAUUUGUAAUACUUUCCUAUAUAGCUCUUUGAAAUUUUUGGAUAAAAGAUGAUGUUUUAAGUUCCAGUGAGUAUUACUAGUUACUCAAUACUACUUAUUGAGUACACUGUUUCUACGUAUGUAGAAUGUAUAGGGAUAGAAGAGUUGAAAAGGGAAAGCAAAACUCAAGUAGCUUCCUUAAAAUGUCAUUUAUAGGAGAUGUUUAUGGGAUUGCUCAUUCUGUGACUUUAUUUGUGUCCUAAACAUUCUUCAGUGAAAAUAAUUUUAUUUCAGUCAAACAUUUAUGAGGAAAUGAGAUCACAUCUUUGUCACUGGAUGCUACUUGAAGAGGGAGUACUUUGUAACCACUUUGAUAUGCUGUUAUCAUCACUGCCCCCGCCCCUGCUGCCAUACCCACACAAGUUUAAAAAGAAAUAAAACAGUCUUCCAUAGAUUUUUGUUUAAGGAAGAAAGGGCCCAAACCAGGAGAUGCUUGGUUUUCUUCCAGAAGUUAAAUGGGGGGAUCUUAAGAUUUGAAUGUUUGCUCUGCUUUGAAAUGUAUGUCUUUUGGGAUGUAUUAUAUGCCUAGCUUUAUAAUCAGUAUAAAUUUUAAUUAUUCCAGGAAUAUGCAUCAUAUUGAAAUAUUUCAUGUACUAUUUUAAUAGAAAACCUCAGGGCCCAAGUAACAGUGAUAGAAGUUAGAAAAACCUUUACUUAGAAUUGUCCACCUAGUCAGAGCCCAGGAAGGAAUUUUCAGUGGAAAAAUCAAUGUAUAACUUAGUUCUAGCUAGCUCCACAAGUAGAUAAUAAUAUCAUCACAAUGGCUGGUGAGACCAUAGAAUCACAGAAAAACGUUGCCUUCAGCAUGUUCAGUUCGCAGCACUGAGGGCACUCUUGAGGGUGUUGUUAAUGAAGACUUAAUUUUUAAAUACAGGUAGUUCCAAGCUUUCAAAUAGGUUAUGCUCCAAAAGUGUUAUUUGUAAGUUAAUUUUUUUACAAGUCAGACAAUGUUGGAAUGGUAUUUAGGUUCUAGAUCAGUCCACGAAAGUUAGCCCAUAUAUAUAUCUUGAAUAGUAUAGGGGAGGGUAUUCAUAAAGUCCUUACGUGGUUUUAACUAAGUGAAAUUAUGGACAAGAGAAAUAAUUUGAAAAAUCAUUUUAAAGGCAAAUUUAAUUUUUACUCCUGUUUAUGGAACGUUCAUUCUAUUAACUGUCAGACACAAUUUCUGUUUUCAUCUGAGAGACAACUUUCCUUUAUUUCUACAUCUAAACUAAGAACAUAUUGUACACUAUUAUAUAAUACAGAAUUGUCUUAAACUUUAAUAAAUUUUCAUUUUAAAAGUGUUUACAUAUUAUUUUUUAUAUCUGUAGCUGAAUUUGUUAAAGUCUAAAAAGCUCAAGGACUUUAUGAAGAUCUCAUUAUAUGAGGAAAAUCAUAGGUUACCAUUUUAUAACUUUAUUGCUGUAAGAAAAUACAUUCUAAAGUCUUGAUUUGAAACAUAUUAGAAACCUUGGUUCAUUAUGCUCAGUGGUCUCCUAGCAAGAAGUCACUGACCCAGCUGGGAAAACCAGGUAGCGUCAUAGGAGAAGAAAGAAAUCCCCACCACCUCAACCUCUGCUGAGAUUGUGUGCUAGAACAGUCUUCCCUCCAUUUCCCCUCAGUCAAACUUGAGCCAGCCUCUGGAUGGAUGUGAUCUUGUUGCACGUUUCCAUGGGAUGUACCUAUACUUUAAGCCAAUCCUGCUGCAUUCACUGCUAAGUUAAAAAAAAAAAAA